AUGUCAAUCAAGAUAAACAAAGAUGAGGGUAAGCGAGUGCACGUGUGGAUAAGGAGUGCUAUCGGCACGCCUAACAGGAGGCAAUACAAACAUAAGAAUAUUAUGUAUCCAUAUUUUCGCAUGUACAAGUCACCAUACAGAGCACGUGACUCGCGAACUCGACAAGCAUUCUGGCCAUGUGUUGACAAAUACCCAUGGCACACCCAUCAAAAAAGGUGGAUAAAACCAGAAGAAUUAAAUGUGAAAUUCUUUUCCGAGUUUGUUAAUAAGCCGCCAGACAGGAGGAACCUAUUUGAGACAUGCCACACGCUUCCCUUUAAUGGAGUAAACUGUCUUUUUUGGAACCCGGUUUAUCUAAAUAGUCAUAAAUAUUUUGCGAAAUGUAGCAAGGCAAAGCAGGCGGAGGAAGAGGACAUAGCAGAGGAGCAGCAGGAGAAGAAGAAGGACGUGGACCGUGGGGAACCCCCUGUCGAGGGGUCCACUCCGAUGGGCAGUUUCCAAAACAAAAAAGUAAUAAGGAUAAACAACUUCCACUACAUUGUGGAUAGUCAGGCCAAAAACAGCCUUUAUUUUUACCUCAAGUGUGUCCGCUACAGCAUGAGGCCCUUCAGAGGAAAAAUAAUUGGAGAUCUCUACAUGAACGAAAGAAAGAUACGAAGCAGCAUCUCCCCAAAUGGGAUAAUAAAUGGAGAGUGGAAAUAUUCCUUUCCGCAUGUUAAGAUAAGUGAAAAGUUUUCCGACGCCGCGUUAGAUGAUCCUACCGGGGAGGAAGAGCCCGAGGGGGAGGAGAUGCUUUCCCAGUUGGUUAUAGCGGAUAAGUAUACCUACCGGCCUCCCCUGCCCAGGUGUUUCAGCGGGGCAUGA